UCCCCAGCUGGGCCGAUGCCCAGCAGGCAGAUGGGGCCCCUGGGAGGGGAGGGACCCACCCCCUCUGCCUCCAUAAAAGGCCCCUGGGGCCCCGUCAGGAUCAGUGUCCAGUCGGUGAUCACCAUGGCGGGCCUGGCCUCUCUGCUCCUCUUGGGGGCGGCAGUGUGUGCGGCGCAGCCCCGUGGUCGGAUCCUGGGCGGCCAGGAGGCUGAGGCCCAUGCGCGGCCCUACAUGGCAUCCGUGCAGGUGGACGGCAGACACCUGUGCGGUGGCGUCCUGCUGUCUGCGCAGUGGGUGCUGAGCGCAGCGCACUGCCUGGAGGAGGCGGAGGGCAAGGUGCAGGUGCUGCUGGGCGCGCACUCCCUAUCGCAGCCCGAGCCCUCCAAGCGCCUGUACAACGUGAGUCGCGCAGUGCCCCACCCGGACAGCGGUCCCGACACCAUCGACCACGACCUCCUCCUGCUGCAGCUCCCCGAGCCGGCGGCGCUGGGCCCGGCCGUGCGCCCUCUGCCCCUGCAGAGGGAGGAUCGCGACGUGGCGCCCGGCACGCUCUGCGACGUGGCCGGCUGGGGCGUGGUCAGCCACGCCGGUCGCCGACCUGACCGCCUGCAGCACGUGCGCCUGAAGGUGGUAGACCGGGCCACCUGCAACCUGCGCCCACACCACGAUGGCGCCGUCACCAAGCAAAUGAUGUGCGCGGAGAGCAAUCGGCGCGACAGCUGCAAAGGCGAUUCCGGUGGCCCGCUUGUGUGUGGAGGCGUGGUCGAGGGCGUGGUCACCUCUGGAUCCCGAGUCUGUGGCAACUUCAAGAAGCCCGGUAUCUACACCCGCGUGGCUAGCUAUGCAGCUUGGAUCGACAGCGUGCUGCGCAAGGGCGCAGCGGCCUGAGUGGGACUCCAGGCUGUGAGCAAGAGCUCCACAAUAAACGCAUUUUGACCUGA